UAAGAAGCACUUGAGACAGAUCAUCUCGGACUACGAGUCCCUGGAGCUGGGGAUCCCCUGUAUCAGGAAAUUCGAGACGCACCCCGGCCCGCGCCCCCUCACUGUGUGCAUGGAGACCCCGCCGGAGUUGGAUCUCUGUCAUGCUGAUAUUUUGGACGCUGUGUCCCGGUUGAUCUCGCGCCCCUUCGAGGGGGGCAGGGUAACCAGCAUCCAGUUUGAGGCCAUGAAUGUGAUCUGUGGGACGGGAGGGAGAAGCAACAGAUGGCUGGUCACCAGUUCGGAUUUUCGGACCCGGAACCAGCUCCUUCACUCUGGGCUCGACGUGUCUCCCGCGCGGGGGGCGGGGCCGGGGAGCUCCGCCCACUUUGCGCUGCGUCGCUAUGACGACGUGCUGACGGAGGACUACAAGCUGCACCUGCGGAGGGCGCUGGCAAGGAAACACAUCCUGGAAACUUUCAGCGAGAAGAGGAGCGCUCAGCCGCUCUGAGAGCUAAAAUAAAUCCAUCACCAUCAUCAUCAUCAUAAAAUAAAAUAAAGUGCUGUGUUCAAAUGGUGCCGCGUUAAACCCGUCUGAAGGAUUUAACACAAUGUAAUAGGUGUAGUAAAGUGUGGUAAAGUGUGGUAAAUUGUCCUGUGUUAAACUAUACUGAAGUGUAGUAAAGUUUAUUUUAUAUAUAAAUGACAAUAAAACUGUGUUUCAUG